CUAGGAAAGCUGCAACCGCCAAGUUCCUGCACAGAGUAAGGAAAGUCCUAAGGAGCCAGCUGAAUGGGAAGAACAAGAUUUGGGCAAUCAGCACCUACGCCCUGCCAGUUGUCAGAUACCCUGCUGGGAUAAUAAGCUGACCAAAGGAGGAGACAGAAGCCACUGAGGUCAAGAUAUAGUAAGAAAGCUCCUCACCAUGCAUGAAGGGUUUCACCAUAAUUCCAGCACCCUGAGACUGUACGCUGAAGGAGGCUGAGGACCAGUGAGUGUCACAACCACUAUCCUGGAAGAAACAACAUAGAUCCAUGAAUACAUCAGGAAGAUGGCCACAAAAGAUCAUGUACUUAAAAUGGACUUUACCGCAGAGAGUCGGGACUGAUGAGAGAAAACCAGAAACCCAGUCUGCUGACAGAGACGCUCAGAGAAAACUGGCAGUUCCUUUCAGAGGUCACAUCCCAGGAGGAAUGCAGCCGGGGAAAAGGGUCACAGUGAUUGGUGUUGUGAAUCCUCAUCCUGACAGGUUCUACAUCGCCCUGACGUGUGGUUGCGGCACAUCCAGGGAGCCUCCACCUGACGUGGCUCUGGAGCUGUGUGUUCGAUUCAGGGACAGACAAGUCCUACGAAGAGCCUGCGUGUCUGGAUCCUGGGGAGACAUCGAUAGGACUGUUCCUUACUUCCCCUUCAUCAGAGUCCAGCCCUUCAAGAUUGAGAUUCGAUGUGAACAGAGCAGAUUUCGUGUGUUUGUGGACGGCCAGCAGCUGUUUUACUUUCACCACAGAGUGACAUCACUCACUGACAUCGACACCUUAUGGAUCAAAGGUAGCAUCACUAUCACCAAAGUGGCUUGAAGUGAAGGACAUAACACUCUGCUCAGAAGCACCGUUGGAGGUCAUGAAUUUCAGUUUUAUGGGGCCCAACCUGCCAGGAUUCCCCUUCAUUCACUCCAGGCAUUCUGGUACCAGACUGCUGUACAGACUCUGUGUUCAUGAUCCAAAGGUUAAAAAAAGGACAAAAACGAGAUUCACACAACUGAAUAUUAAUUUGUGAUUCAUAAUUUCAUUGUACAAACAAAUAUCAGCUGGUUUAAAUGAAUGUUUACUUUUGAGUAACUUCAACUUCUGCAUUAAUUUCCUGCAGAGCUGCAACACAACAUGACACGCUCCUGAGAGCACAACACGUGGGCAUUUUUAUUUCUGUGUAAUUAACACAUUUGUUAAUUACUUGUGAUUGUAAUUACUGUGUCAUUGAAAAUUUGUGAUGACCACCCAUAAUUAAUCCUGUCUACAGGAUUUUGUUUGCAUAUUUUUUCUAAGUAAAACAAUAAAGACCUCUUUGGGUUAGUAAAAUAAAUAAAUAAUGUUUUCUAGAUAUUGUGUCAGCUUUUAUAUGUUUCAGUUUCCCUAAUAAAUAAAUAAAAAUCUAAUCUUUGAAUGGCAAUUUUCAGAUAUCUUAAAGGCUGUAGUAAAAAUGUGUAAUAGUUUUGGAUAUUUUUACUUUGCACUUCUUUUUUUUUUUAUCUUAAAGUUGACUAUGAAAUUAACAGCUGCCUUUUAUUGUCAGCUUUAUUGUUAAAAAUAAUGGAAUCAACGCCAUUAUGUUUUUUUAGUAUUUUGUUAUGUGUUUUUGCUUUUAUUAACAGCAGGGUGAGUGAAUCACUAACCUGUAGUGCAGCAGUUUGACCAUAAGGUGGCAGCAGAGGCUAUUGGUACAAACGAGGCUUCAACAGCAGUUUUCUUUUUUCUUUUUUUGUGAGGGAAACGUGAAGUAUAAAUAAUAUUGGUGGUUUCAUAUGAUGAACAGAGAAUAAGUUACAAUGUGUUAAUAAAGCUAUACCUUUACAUUAAAGAGUGAAGAUAGUGAGAGUGAUAACUGCAUGAUGAAAUAAUAAUUUGAUUUAGAGUUUCUCUUUCAAAACAAUUAUGAUCUCUCAGGAGCGUGUCGGAUGACCACAGACGUUUGGCUGCAGGAUCGGACAGCAAACAUCAGACUUAAAUGCCGG